AUGGGGAACGAAGAAUCAAAGGGAACAGCCUAUGCUCAGAAGAUCAGCUUUGCCGAUGGCCGUGGGAGCCUGGUAUCGCGCGAGCUUUCCAGUAAUAACACAACAAGUAUUUGGAGUCGAGCCUAUACGGAGGCAGUUCAGAGCCUUACCGGUGAUAUUAAUUCAGCAAUUCUAGAAGGACAGAAUAUCGAGUGGCUCUUCAAACAACUACAAGAGGCCGGAAAGGAGGCGAACGAGGAAUCCCUACUAAGAAAGGGCAUCAAGUACUUGAGAAAGCUGAAGGUACCUCUGGAAAAGUUCAAAUUAGCCUUAGACCUCACUGCCCCAUUAGCAAGCAUGGAGCCAAUCGCAGGCACCGUCCUGGGCAUGGUCAAGAGCGCUACGGCCAUUGCUAUCAGUAUAUCUACAGCCGACGAAGAGUUUGCGAAACAGAUUGGGGAUAUGCUGGAGCGAAUAUCAUACAUCGACGACUGUGAUACCCUAGGCCAAAAGUCUGACAAUUCCUAUAUUCAUAUAACACUCGUCAAAGUAUAUCGCAAACUCCUGGAGUUCUAUCACGUGGCGUUUGAAAUGUUAAUCAAGAGAGGCACAAAGUUGCUCAUAAACCUGGUGAUGCAAGACGAACGCUUGCCAGAUAUUGUCAAGGAAUUUUUGAACCACGCUGGUCAGCUUAGGGAUAUUGUGCAUAAUGAAACACUAUCAAUCGUGCAGGAUAUGAAGGUCAUGCUUUAUGAUGAACAGAUCGGCCGGUGGCUCGGGAGCGGAAAUAAGAUGCAGCAACGUAAUCAAAUGCACAACAGCCUCCAGGUACUUCGAGCUGACGAAGCUUGCGAAUGGCUCUCGCAAGAAGCCCAUUUCAUCGAAUGGUAUCAUUCAGAAAAGUCACAACAUUUGGUCAUCCUUGGUACCAUGGGUUCUGGUAAAAGCGUUUCUAUGAGUUAUCUCAUAGAUAAAAUCAUUAGUCACAACGAAUAUCGGAUUCCGCAGUCAAAAAUUCUUUAUCACUACUGCCGGAAUGACGAGACCGGGAACACAAGUUUCAUAUAUGCGACAAUCAUCCUAUCUCUUCUUGAGCAGUUGCCCGGACUAAAGAAGCCAUUCUUCGAGUGGUACAAGAAAAUCGUUGCUUCUGGUAGUCCUGAACCAGCAACUAGUCCAAGAAGAUUGGAAGAAUUUCUGAAGGAAAAUCUGGAGGCCCUCGAGCGCCAGGUCUUCAUCGUUGUUGAUGGUCUCGAUGAAUGCGAUGAAGCCUCUCGCUAUCGUCUUAUCAGACUUACGAAAGACUUGACUGACAGGACAGUCAAUCUUAAAAUCCUGCUCUCAACGCGUCCCGAAGAAGAUACAUUGAAGGAGCUACAAGAUAUGCCUAAAAUCCUCAUAGAGCCGGAUCCUCACAGGGAUGCGAUCAUAGUCCAGAAGACUGUUGAUAACAGAUUGUCUGGUUGGUCUACCGAGGCCAAGAAUAUCAUCGUACAGGAACUCUCACAAUUAUCCAUGGGAAGUGCCAUAUGGAUAAAAAUGGCUGUUGAGUUCAUCUCGAUCAAAAACACCAAAGCGCGCGGGCCUUUGGAAAAAUUCUUGAAGGAAAUGCCACUAUCUACUGAGUUGGGAAAACUUUUUGGCAAUUUGUUUUCACAAUAUGCGAAUGAUGAUUCCGAAAAUCGAAGACUCGCUGGGAGAGCUUUAGAAAUACUGACCAUGGCACGAAGGCCAUUAAGUAUUCCCGAGCUCGCGUGGGGUGUGGCGAUCAGUGAAGCGCCCUCUGAUCUGUGUACGGUAUCAGCUCUUCAGGAAGACUUUGUGGAUUGCGCACGAAUCAUGCAUUUUGUUCAGCCAUUUGUUUCAGCAGUGGAUUUCCAUGAGCCACGCAAACGCCAAUUAAGACUUGUCCACCAGUCUGUUAAGGAGUUUGUCAUGAGGGAGACUCCUUCGAGAUGGUCUGGUUGUGAAUGGUCAGAUCACAACCUCAAUAGCCAAGAGUUUACGGAUCGGCGUGUUAAGAAGCUGGAGGCUGCAAAUCUGGACAUGUGCCUAAGGUAUCUUCUAUUAGAUGAAAUAGGGCAGUGUGACCUGUUUUCUGAAGAGCAGAUAGGCAUCAUUGAAUUGCCACAAGGUGAAGACCUUUUCAGCGACAACCCAGAACCGGAAGAGUACGAUCCAACAUGCACAUGGGAAAAAUGGGAAGAGGAUAUGCCCCAUUACGAGGUCAACAAUAGCGGCUUAGGUGAAUUCUUCGUUUACGCUUGUGUCCAUUGGGUGGAUCAUUUUUCUGCUGUAACCACCGAACACCUACCAGAGCUUUGGAAGAUAGAGAAGGUAUGUGAGAAAGGUUCGAAGCGAUUGCAGAAUUGGACAAGACAGAACUGUCGUCCCAACUGUACAUACAAAGAACAAUGGGACUUUGACGCCAGAUUGUUUGAUCCCCUUGUCGCCAUUUCACUCUACGGUUCGGAUGCCAUGUUGUGCAAAGUGCUCGACAAUGCCAGCUUUGAGAAACAGAUAUAUCAUGAAGAUACAUUCCGCAAAGCUGCUGAUCAGCUGCUUACUUGGUUUCAGUUUGGCGAUGUUUCCCGAAUUGGUCAACUGUUCAAAAGGCAGCGCUCCUUUCCUCAGUUACAGAACUUCGAUUUCUUUCGGGAAGUUUUGAGACAUUGGACAACCGGAAGCAAGGAAAGACGGGGUUGGAAAGAUGUCUUUGAUCUUAUUUACGAAGUAGCAGACAUAAUGGCUGAAGAGCAGUGGGCCAAUGAACUCUUCUGCAUUGCUGCACGAUGCAAUUGCUUUCCGAUGGUUGAACGUCUUCUGAAAUCAGCCCAAAGCAAUGAACACCUCCGAUACCAAUUGGUUCACGGAUGCAGGUGGAACAACGACUCUUCAUACGGUAGACCAUUGCAUCAAUCGAUUGGCGAGGCGGUGUAUGAGGAUCAUAUCGAAAUGGUUGAGUUCUUGUUGGCACAAGAAGAAUUGAGGUCACACCUCGAGCAUCGCAACUCGAAUGGUGAAAAUGUCCUGCACAUGGCAUCACGAUUUUGCAACCCCGAUAUGUUCAAGAUAUUAGUCGCAAAAUUUCCUGAAGGGGUCAAUCAGGCAGAUAGGUAUAACAACACCGCCCUGGCGCAAGUCAUCACUGCGCCUGUUUAUUCGCCUAGUCAUCGAUACGAAUCAGCGAGAAUAUUGCUAUCGGAAGUACAUGAAAAUGACCAGCGCUUGGUCUACUUCCAUGCAGCUGUUCGCUGUGGACACUUAGAUAUAGCUCACCUUCUCAAUGCGGACAUAGCUGAUCUUGCCUCAAUCGUCUAA